AUGGAGGAUGAGAAUGAGGUUGGACUGCCAGCCAAAGGCAUCAGCAUGAUAAUCAAGGAAGUACUGCCGGAUAUGCGAAUUGCAAACGAGUCUCGCGAACUGUUCGCUGCUUGUUGCGUGGAAUUUGUGAAAUACGUGGCAAGAGGGGCACAACAU